AUGUUGCCCUUACCGGAGGCGAUUAGGCUGUCCCUAAACGAGGCCACUUCGCGUUCCGAUGCCGAGCUUCUCAGGCGAACGUACCAGGACGUGUUGAUAUCCUUAGAGGGGCCUUCGGAGGAGCGAGUGGGUCGGGAUAUCCUCGUGCUGUGUGCUGAGACCGCGUUGAAGGUUGGAUCAUCAGAUAUCGCAGCAGACGUCCUCGAGAUUUACUUCCUCGAAGCGAACAAGCUCUGGAGCGACGAUCCCGAGAGCCUUGGUCAACUCGAGCUGAAGGAUCAGUUCGUGUGCAGGGCGUGGUAUGCGAAAGCGCUGCUGUUAUCAGAAGCUACCGUGGGACUGAAGGGAGAACCGCUUGUCGAGAGCGUCCAUGCGGCGUUGAAAUGCCUGAGCGAGGGUCUCGAGGUCGCAUUAGGUGAUCCGAGGUACUUGUUUCUCGUGUACGACGCGAGCGUGCAUUAUUGGAAAAUCUCCCGCCCGUUGCAGAAGCCCGGGACACGGAAACACCUCAUAGAAACCUCCUCGGCGAUCACGAAGGCUCUGGAGAGCGUCUCGGGUCACGAAGAGUGGAAGAUUCACAAUCUUCGGCUUCACGCGUUAUGUCUCAGUGACGGUGAAAAUCACGACGACGCCCUGAAGGCAGCUUCUGACGCGCACGAACUUUGCAAAGCGAGCGCACCCUCGCUCGCGCCACUCGCAGUCAAACUGAGAACACACGUGGGAAGCUUGAGUGGUAAAAAGGAAGCGGAAGGUGAUGGAGUUGAAGGGGCGAUAACGACGCUUCAGCUUGCGCGCUCUGGGAUGUUCAGCGAUCCGGAGGCGCUGAAAGAGGCGUUGAUGGAGGCGUGGAAGAAAGUCGACCCUGCGGCAGAACUUCUCGGCGAAGCUAAGGAUGAGUCUUCAAACGGUGCCGACUUCGAAGUCGUGGCUGAAAUUGGCUGGGUAGCAGCGCAGAAUGGGUUAGUGGAGCUCGCGACUUGGUGCUCACAGCGCGCGCCUGGAACACGAAGCGAGCUGACUUCGAAUCUUAACGCCUUGAACGGCCUCGAAGAUAAAAGAGGAACGCUCGCACCUGUCGCACUCCAAGUUCACAAGGAUGUGGCGAACAGCGCGGCUCAAGUGCUCGCUGCUUUCGUGCGACUUCAAGACGUAGCUGGGAUCCAGGACGCGUGUCAGUUGAUGUGGAUGGCGAGUUUACCGCUGCAACAGCCCGAACAACGUCACCGCUUGACGAGAAUCUUUGCGGCUGCGGUGAAGGCACUCGAGGCAGUGAGCUCCUCCAUGAACAGGUUACGGACCGCGCUCCAUCUCGAGCUCGCGUACUGCUACCUCGCAGAGCAUAUGGUGGUAGAAGCGAACGUUCAAGUUUCCAAGGCUCUUGCACUUGAUUACGUAUCCCCGGCUGAAGAGGUUGAACUCACUGAGUAUGAACGUCCCCUGGACCGCUUUUUAGUUCCGCUGGCGCGUGUCUUGGCACUGAAAGGCAGCCUCUAUGAGGACCCGGAAGGGGUAGAAGACCAAGCACUGCAGCUAGCCGAACAAGCACGCGACGCGAAGACGUUAAAAGUUAAGUCUGAUCUUCUCCAACGUGCUGUAGCUAAACUCGUGAUGUUGGAUCCUUUGCCACCACCGACUGAAGAAUUUGAAGGCGACGCGGGCGAGAAGAAACUUUUGAGACGAGCUGCGAAGGCGAGGGCGACGGUCUGGGGAACCAUCGCCAAGGUGGCGAUGGAGGCGAAGAUGACAUCACUCGUACAUCAGGUCGCAGUUCAUGUUCUCGAAAUCACGGGCUGGGAUCCAGUCCGCGAUAAGGACAUGAUUCUUCUUCAAGUCGAGGUCAACUUUAUUGAUGGGCUUGCAUGCACGGAUAUCUUAGCGUCCAAAGGGCUGCAAUCCGUUCCACCGAAGACGAUUGAGACAGAAGGAGAAUUCAUUGGCGAUACGAUCGACGAGCUCCAAAAUACUGCCACCUCUGCUUUCAUUAAGGCCGCUCGCUUAGGAGCGACCGUCUCGGAGAGUUGGGCUGUCAUGAACGCCGCGUCGCACGUCUGGAACAACUACAUCGCGCUCACGAAGAGUCACCGAUACGCCGAGCUCCUUCCCGCGACAGAUCCUUUGUUUGCGGAGCUCUUUAAACUGGAGGAUUGCGAUCCAUCUCUGCUAGGAAAUUUUGCUCACCUCGUGUCUUCUGGUUACGAGCACGCCGCGCUACUCACUGUGGGGGACGUGGACACCGCGGAGGAAGAGCGCGUGACAGAUUAUAAAACCCUUUUGGAAAUGCACGCGUCUCACACGUUCGAGGUAUCCGACGAGAUCAAUAAGGGUAUCGAAACUUGCAAAUCCGUGUUAGCUCGAGUGGAUGACAAGAAUAAGCACAGGCUUUCCGCGAUGCAAGCUAGGCUUCAAGUGCGCUUGGGUGCGGCUUUGGACGUCAAGGUUGAGGAUGACCCAGUAGCGCAAGUUUGGGCGAUGAUCGAACAAGUCGCGCAACCUGGAAAAGAGCCGGCGGCGGCUGGUGAAAUCGUAAGCCAAGCGAUGUCACUCCUGCGUCCUGAAGAUAGCGAAGUCGCUGGUGAUCUCGAAGUAUGGGCUCGACUGGGCGACGCGGCAUACAAUGCGAAGGCUUAUGGACCUGCGAUUGAGAGUUGCAAGCAGGCAGUUGAACUCGCGGCAAAAUUAGAUCCUGAUGCGCCAUCUCAAAUGUGGUAUUGGGCAGGUGUAGCCGAAUGUGCGUAUGGAAAUGGUAUCGUCGCGUUGAUUCGUCCUGAAGUUCAAGAUCAAACAGCACAGGAUGCUCUGAAACAGAAAGCCGUGGAGCACUUCGUUGAAGCCUCUAAGCACGGCAGACACGCGCUCCGAAGUGACAUCGUAUACUACGCUGCAAGGUGCUUUUGGAACACCGCCACGGGUUUCAUGACUACCGCAGCAACAAGAAGCACCAUCGCAGAGCCCCUCGAGACUAUUCUGGAUGCGUGCCGGGCGACGAAAGUGAACGAUUUUAGAUUCAUGCAGUCCAUGUUCCUAUUACUCUUCGACUGUCUCGAAGACAAAUCCUCGUGGGCUGAGGGUGCAAGACAGAUUGAGGCCGCUUUCAGUUUCCUUCCCGAUACCGAGCACCAGCCGCUGUGGGAGUAUAAGGUGCUGUUCAUGACGGUCAUGGGUGAGAGUGUUAUCGAUGAGCUGAGCAAGAUCACGAAAUACGAUGAGGAGAUGCAGGCAAAGGUAUGGGCAACCGUCGCUGCUCAAGCGAAAGAUCCCGUGGACGCGCUCAAGGCGCAUAAAAAGGCGAUUCACGUGUUGGAUAAUCAACCCUGGAUCAAAGUCGAUUUCAUGAUUGACUUUGCGGAAUGGAUUGAUGCAAGCGGUCAGUCCGCAUCUGAUGCUGAAGAUGUCCUUCUUUCGGCGAUGGAUAUUUUGCUCGAGAUCGACAACGGGGGAACAGAGGAUGGGGAUGGUUUGUUCGAGACUUCAAGGUCGUUUAGCUCGAAUACUGGUCGAUCCAUUCCCGCGACCCCGGAGGCUUCUAUGAAGUCGUUAGGAUCUAGUACAAAAUUCGUCUCUUCGGGAACGCAGCUGCGAACGACAUUACGCGCGAGUGAUGAGAAGGAGGGACCACAGCCACCCGCGAGACUGGGAACGAAGCAGAUGAGACAAAUAAUUCGUGUUUUCCUCAUGCUCGGUAAACUCUCAGGCAAUAAUUUUGAAAGGUCCGACCACCUGCUCAUGGCGCAGCAUUACGCACUUCGGAUGCUGAAGGAGAGUAUUGUCGAAGCGGUCAGCGUCGCAGAGUCACCGUCCGAAAGCGUUGAAGUUUCCAUCCCGGAAACGCUCGAAGAGUGGGCGACGUUUCAAUUAUCCGAAGGGCUGUUGGCGCAAAUUCAGAAGAACACGGGCGCACUUGAAAUGUCCAUGGACUCGAUCGGCCGUCCAGAGCUAUUCCUCGCACAUCUUGAAUAUCUUUGCGCGGGCCUCGAGUCGUCGAGCAGGCACUUGCACUGCUUAUCGGUUUGGCAGCUUGGCGUCUUGGUUGCGAAGGUAGUCGCGAAGAACGAUUCGCUUGUCACAGUUUCUCAUCUCCGACUCGCGUCGGUUUCAGACGUGUUACUUCUCUCUUCUGCCGCGGUCAUGCACGAAGAUCUCGCUGGAAACCUAGAAAUUACAGCCGAGGAACUCGCUCAGGGUCGCGAGGAGGUGAAGCAACGUGAACGGCUUCAACAACCUUCGACUUUGACUUCAAGAGCACCUCGAAUCACAUCCCGCCGUGGAACACCUGAAUUGCAGUCUACCGCGGAUUCAUCCAAGCUCCUUCGACCGUUCGCGCUCCGUGACUACUGGCUAGCGCGUGGUGCGUAUUUAGUCAAACGAGGGGCUUUAGCUGCGGCGACAGUUCUUCUCCAAGAGGCAAUUGGUCACGCCCACGCGCACGACGAUCCAGAGGUGGAGGCUAAGGCGUAUUUCCAUCUUGCAAAGUGCGCUGCCUACGGUAACAAGCCCGUUGAUGCGAUCAAAUUACAACAUCGCGGACAAGUGUGCGGUGGAGACGUCGUUUUCUGGGGCGAAAAUCUAGCGGAUUACACGAAGUACAAGUUGUCCACGCGCAACGGGAAGCUCUCCGCGAAGGAGUCCCUCACGACAGCGCUGAAAAUUCUCCGCGGUCGACUUCGUAUCUCCAGCCGGGGCAGCACUCUUGACUCGAAUCAAGUGAUGGCAAAUCUCCUCAUUGAAUUGUGUCACGUCAUGGAGGCUGAUGUCGUCGACGCGAACGCGACAGAAGGAAACGCGACGGAGCAAUACAGCCAUGCGAUGAAAGCGAUAACGGAAGCGAUUUCCAUCCUUCACGAAUGCGGCGGCGGGGGUGAUCUCGUGAAGGCCUUGAUGACCAAAGUUACGCUGAUGUAUAAGGAGCCGUCUGUCAGUGGUGAUCCACGUCCAAGAUUGGAGAACAUCAAAACCGUCAUUCGCGAGGCUGAGGUGGAAGCAGAGCGACUCUUUACCGCUGCAUGCACGGGCUCUUUGAACCCACUCUCAACUUCGCUUCCCGCGGCAAGGGUACUAGCUGCUGUGAAAAAUGCCAGAGCUGACUGCUUACUGGAGAUCGCGCAUGCGGCGAAGGCACAUGAAGCUCAGGAUAAAGAGAAGAACAGACCCGCGUUUCCAUCCUUUCAGGGAACGGAUGCUUCUGCGGUGCGAGCAUUCCUCGACGAGAUUACCCCUGAAACCUUCAGCAGCGUUCUUGGCCCUAUCGAAGAAGCCGUCGUGGCUGCUUCCGAAGCCUCGAACCUCCACAAAAACUCCAGCAGUAUUGAUUCACUGCACGUUCUUGGCGAGGCGCUAAUCGCUUCGUACAACAUUCAGACGCGCGGGAAAGUUUGGAUCGAGCCUCCUGCUCCUCCGGUUCCUCCAGUGGAGGGCGAAGAGGAUGAGAAGGCAGAGGAGAAUGCGGAGAGCGGACAGGGGGAUCAGGCCGAAGGUGAACCCGACGGAGCUGGUGCGAAGGAUGCUGAAAGUGGUGAAGGAAAAAUCGUCGAUCAGAGCGAAGUCGGAAGUGAGAAAGAUUUCGAAGCUCAGUCGGUCGCGCCAGAGGAAGAUAAAAUUGCGCAGCCAGAACUCGGACCGGACUUGAUGAAACCUCGUGCGAUUCGUGUCCUCGAGCAAGCGAUUGAACUCGGGCUGAAGUCCGGGAAGUACAGCAUCGUUUCAAAGGCUGCAACUCACCUUGCAUGCGCGUACGGGAGCACCGAUCACGUGAACGCUGCGGCAUCUCUUGCGCUCGCGCAGUCCUGCCGUGUCGUCGAGGCGCACCUAUCCUUGUUCAAAUCUGCCGCUGGGGAACAAGACGUGGAAUCGCUUAUCAUCCAAAACCAGAAGACGAUGGACGAAACCCUUAGUGAUUCUUCCUCCAGUAAGUACAGCAAAUCCCUGAUGGAACGAUUGCAGUCUUCUUGCAAAGCAUGGAGAAGGCUUUCGAUUAAACCAGAACAAUGCUUGACGACGCCUCCCGCACUACCGGAAGGCUUAAUCGUCUUUUCAGUUCAGUGGCUCGUGGGACGUGGAGGUGAAAAUUCGCUGGCGAUCACGUGUCACAGUGAUAAGGACGGUGAGUCUGGCGCGUACGUCGCACGCGCAGACCUGACGCAACUUUUAGCUGCGACCGAAUUGGUGACGAACUAUCGCGCCGCGCUCGAGAAAGAACUCUCUGAAGUCGUUCACCCGAAAGAGCACGACGCGGUAUUCGCUACUUUAUCCGUACAGGCUGGGUGGGGUGAAGUGUGCAAGGCGACGGAAUGGCUACUCGCGCCCAUCUUGAACGCGUGGAAGUCUUUCCUUGGCGCAGAUGGCGCGGUUGGGAGGAAGAUUGUCAUUCUUCUCGACGAAGUGCUAGCUGCGCUUCCCGUCGAAGCUUUGGAAGUCUUGAACGGCGCCGACAGCGUGUCACGUGACUUCUCCUUGCAUGUUUUGCUUCAGCGGAUAGCGGAAACGAAAGGACAAUCCGCGAUUCCCGCGACGGAGAUGACGUAUAUGGUCGAUCUUCGUUACGAAGAGGCUCCUGGUGCUGCACUGGAAGCCGGCGCGGAAGAAGACGCCGAAGCGACGUCACCUUCGUUAACGACCCGUUUCGAAGAGCUGAAGAGUCAGUUCGGAUCGAAUUGGUCUGGAGUCAUGGGAAGUUUGGACGGGAUUCCAGGGGAAGGGGAGUGCCAGAGAGCGAUGAUCGGUGCGAAAUCGCUAUUGUAUUACGGCCAUGGACGCUUCUUGUCGUACGUCCCGCCUUCAGCGAUUGCGUGUGUCGAUUUGUCCGCUUGUCGGCUCGCGAUCUUGGCGGGUAAUUCUGUGAACGAGGCCUCGCAUAAGAAGCAGGAUCGUCUCGACGGCAGGAAAACACAAGAAGAGCUGGCUCUCGAGAAUCCGUAUAAGACUGCUGCAUUGCUGUCCCUACGCGGCGUGAACACAGUCGUCGUCCCGACGUAUUCGUGCACCGCCGCCGGUAACGCGAAGACGUUGGCUUCGGUGUUGAGCGCGAGAGGGACGGAGGAUGUCGUGGAUAUAUCUACAGCGGUAUGGAAGUCGUCUGACCCUGAUCCUGAAGAAGAAGCAGAAGCAGCCGCUGAAGGCGAGGCUGGAGAGGAGGGAGAGGUGGCGGACGAAGCGUCGGGUCCGCCGUUUUCGAAGUUCAACUUCGUCGUCUACGGCUUGCCCUCCGUGUCGUUUGCGUGAAGUAGCGAAGCAUUUAGUAGUAGGAAUACGUAAAUAGCAUACUGAACUGCGAAGG